AUGACAGAGAUGACAUCUGAAGGAUUUGAGUGGCUUUUCAUUCCUCCGUAUACCCAACACAUGGGUGGCGGUUGGGAGCGUUUGGUGCGAUCAGUAAAAACAGCUCUGAGAGCGAUUCUCAAAGAACAAUCGCCUCGUGAAAAAGUCCUAUUAACAUCAUCGGUAGAAGCUGAGCACAUUGUUAAUUCACAACUUGUCUCCAUUAAUCCGCAAGAUGAAGAAGCUCUAACACUUAACCAUUUCUUGAUUGGUAGCAGUACAAACUCCAUGAUAUCAAGUGUAGCGACUUCUAUAAAUUUCGGUCCUUCUAUAGAGUCGACAGACGGUUUAUCCGAAUCCCAAAAAGAUACGAAUUCGAUAGGCAGAUACAGCGAUGGUGGAAGCACAGCUUCGCUGACGUCCUGCUCCGACUGGAAGCUCCUGAAGAAACCGGGCACCCGCCUCUCAAAAGAAGAAAGCAGUAUUAGCCUAGAUAGCGCCUACUCGAAGAGAAACGAAAAGUCGCUGAUUAGCGAUACGUCUGACGACUCUCUACCUACUGACAACAUGGGAGGUGAAAUAACUUUCCACAGAUAUUACCACGUUUUCAGAGAGGGGGAACUGAACCAACUGAUAGAAAAAUACGUAGAAAACUUGCACAUUAUAUCGUCAUAUUAUGAUCAUGCCAGUUGGUGCAUCAUUGCCGAAAAAGUCCAG